ACUCCAUGUUAUUCAGAAGUUGGAGAAAUAAACAAGUUUUGUGGUUUUGUCGGCCUUCAAUUUUGUACAAACAUAUCCAAAGGUCGCCCAGAGGAUUGAUUAAAUCAAGUUCGGUUUUGGGAUUUUGUUGCUGUCUCAAUUUACUUUGCUCUCAAGCAGUGGGAUGCUGAAUUAUGCAAGAAAUCUACUAACUUUUCUUCACAAAUGGUAGAUGGUUUAUGAUUUAGGGAUUAAUAGGCUAUAAAGUUGAUUUGGAGCUAAUACCGAUUUGCCCCAGCAAAUAGCAAAAGCUGUAAUCUAUUAGCCCUUCUUAUAUUGGUGAUAUGGACACCCUGCUAGUUAACUAUGCCUCUUCAGACGAAGAAGAAGAAGAAAAGCAAGAGAAUAAUCUUCAAAGCUCUCUCUCUUCCUCUAAACCAAUAUCAUCUUCAUCAUCUUAUUCUUCUCUUUUCUCUUCCCUCCCUAAUCCCAAACCCAAAUCCAAAUCCAAGGCCAUAAUUGGUGAAGAUGAAGAUAAUCCAAAACCCUCUUUCUUUUCCUCAGUCCCUAAACCUAAAACGCAAUCCCAACAAAAUCCUAUCUCAGAUUUCUCUAAACCCUCCAAAAGGGUUGUCCAAUUCAAGCCUCCUGUUAACCCAAAUUAUGAUUAUGAAGAAGAUGAAGACGAAAAAGAAAAAGAAAUGGAGAGAAAGCAGCAUAAGGAAUUUGAACCCAUGCCUCAAUCUUCGUCCGUGAAGUCAUUCUUGUCCAGCAUUCCUGCCCCUAAGAACUCCUCCAACUUUGGUGCUCUUCCAUCUGCUGCUGGGUCUGGAAGGAAAUCUAUUAUUGGUAUUGAAAAAGAACCUGUUAAGUCAAGUCCAGGUACAGAUGAUGAUCAGAAUAUGGGCAAUAAUGAACCAGUUUGUCAUCAGAAUGAUGAGAAUUAUGGUGGUUAUCAAUUAGGGAUUAAUGAUGAUAAUAUGGGUCAAAAUGUUGUCGAUGUAAGUUAUGAGAGUUAUGGCAGCUAUGAGAAUUAUGGUGAUUAUUAUCAUGGGCAAUAUGGUAAUAAUUUGGAGGAUGGGUCAUCAGCAGAAACAGCUAUGCCUGAGAUCACGUGGCCAAGCGAAGGUGCUAAUUUGAGAGUUCCAGGAAGAAAGAGAGGAAGGAAUGAAAUUCCAACUGAAAUUAUUGAGGUGAAGCAGGAUGAGUUGACAAAGAAUAGGCCAAGGGAAGACCAAGUCAAGUUAACUGGAAUUGCUUUUGGGCCUUCCUAUCAGCCUGCUUCUACAAAGGGGAAACCCUCGAAACUUCACAAGAGGAAGCAUCAGAUUAGUUCACUGUACUUUGAUAUGAAGCAGAAAGAGAUGGAAUUGGCGGAACGACGAGCCAAAGGAUUUCUCACCAAGGCACAAACACAUGCCAAAUAUGGAUGGUGAUGUUCUGUGUGUUUCCUUUUUGUUCUAUGCACUAUAAUAGUUGAUCCUUUUUGUUAUGUAGAAAAAUUGAUGCUUUGACAUAUCAACAUGCACAAAUUCUAUUUUUCAUUGGAAGUUUCCCUUGGUAAUGUAGGCUAAUUACCUUCUAGUCUUGUAUAUUUUAUUCUACCCAUCUUCCAAUGUGAAAUUAUGUUCUGCUUUGAUUUA